CUCCAUCCUGAUGACGUCAGUCUGAACAGUGGAGGCUAGCACAGGCUGCAGAAUCCUGUUAGAGAGCCAAUGUAAACAUGUAGCCGAUUUAGCACUUUACAGUUAUCCGCCCCGUUAUAAAGCGAUACGUUUCCGGAAUGGUCAAUAAUUUAGCAGUAGGAUAAAGUCGUGAUGGCUGUGUUGCUGAAAAGAGCGGUUUCGGAAACAGGGGAAUGUAAUGUUAGCUUAAUACCAAGCUAACGUUCACACUGGACGUUGUUAAUGUUAGCUAGUUAGCCGGGUUUGUAUGAGGCUAGCCUAGCUAAUUAGUCACAAUUCGGCUGUAACAGGGGGUUAAAUAGAGGUUAGCCAAACGACUAAGGAUGGCCUACACUGUUAUAUAACACAGACAUCAAGAGGUGGUGAAAAUGAAGAAAUCUAGAAGUGCUGGUGCUUCCUCACCAGUGAAUGGGAAACAAGGUGGCGACCUGGACUCCAGGCGGAAGAGGAAAGUUAUAGACAUCACACAGGCCCUGAAUGCCAGUCCAGUGGACGUAGCAGCUCUGAGGAGGAUGGCUAUCAGUGAAGGGGGACUGCUGACGGAUGAGAUCCGCUGUCAAGUAUGGCCUCGGCUUCUCAACGUUCCCCCUCAGGUCAUGGAGCAAGAGCCAGAAACUGUAGAGCGGGAAAACAACAAGGACUAUAACCAGGUGCUGCUGGAUGUACAGCGCUCCCUUCGGAGAUUCCCACCUGGUAUGCCAGAUGAGCAGAGAGAGGGGUUGCAGGAAGUGCUGAUUGACAUUAUCCUCCGAGUUCUGAAACGAAAUCCCCAGCUGCACUAUUACCAAGGUUACCAUGACAUUGUUGUCACCUUCUUAUUGGUCCUGGGAGAGCGACUAGCAACUGCUCUGGUGGAAAAGCUCUCCACUCAUCACCUCAGGGACUUCAUGGACCCCACAAUGGACAACACAAAACAUAUUCUUAAUUACUUGAUGCCCAUCAUUGAGAGGGUCAACCCCGAGGUUCAUGACUUCAUGCAGCAGUCUGAGGUGGGCACUGUAUUCGCUCUCAGUUGGCUGAUCACCUGGUUUGGCCAUGUCCUAUCAGACUUCCGCCAUGUUGUACGAUUGUAUGACUUCUUCCUUGCCUGCCAUCCAUUGAUGCCCAUCUACUUUGCUGCUGUGAUCGUACUCUACAGAGAAGAGGAGGUAUUGGAGUGUGAAUGUGAUAUGGCCAUGGUUCAUCACCUGCUGUCUCAGAUUCCUCAAGAUCUGCCGUAUGAGACACUCAUCAGUCAAGCAGGAGACCUGUUUGUCCAGUUUCCUCCUUCUGAACUGGCCAGAGAGGCUGCCUCACAUGAAAGCAUGGCAGCUUCUACCUUUAAGGACUUUGAACUUGCAUCCACUCAACGUCCAGACUCAGUCCUCCGUCGCCGUCGCAGACAGAAACAUGCUGCCCUGGAGAGCUCAGCAGCAAACUCAGUAGUUGCAGUGGCCCAGCCUUCAGCGGCGCGGCGGUUUGUUCGAUUGGCCGUCAUGGGUUUGACUGUGGCCUUGGGGGCAGCGGCUCUUGCUGUGGUCAACACGGCUCUGGAGUGGGCCCCCAAACUGGACCUGUUUCCCUGAACUGCUCCUCCUUUAACCCUCAUACUCCACCUACCUGUCCUUGACUAAAUACCUGUUGAGGUUCCGGACCUGUACUUUUUAUACGCCAUGAAGUCUAAAACACUGUCUAAGGUGCACUCCCAAACUGAAACGAGUAAUAACUGUUCUCCUUCAUCUUCUAGGAUGUCUAAGCAUCCUAUGAAGGGCUGCUAAGGCCUCUGCUGAGGGCUUUUUUACAGCUUCUAAAGAGUAUAACACCAACAGCGGCCAGUGUUCUGCAGUGGAGAAUCCAUCCUAUCACAAAUGAAAAGACUGCAUUUGUAAGAACUCCUAUUGAUGGUGUCAUUAUUAGUUUCUUUAUAUUUGGUAUUAGGAUAUCUAAUAUCUGAUAUUAAAUUGUGCUUACAGAGAUUUAUGCCGAAAGCUUAGUGGAGUCCCUACACUUGAAAUUGCUGCCAAUUAAGAAAGCUGGAGUGAAUAAAUGUAUGCGAAUGUGUGUGUGUAUGUGCGUUAUGUAUGUAUGUAUGCAUGUAUGUAUGUAUGUAUGGCCCCAACACGUUUGUUAUCUAUUUGAUACCAGGACUGAGACCAAAAAGAGGAUUGUGAGAAUCCUCUCUGUAUAAUUAUUGUAUCUCAUUUUAUACAUAAGUAAAUAGAUAUGAAGAGACUUGGUCAUGACACACAGGCACUUUUUAAGGUCAUCAUUGUGUUAUGUUUUAAGGGUCAUACUUAGUUGGUUGUACAGGCUUUACUGUCAGAAAGUAAAAUGACUUGUUUUCUUCCCUGGCAGUCAAUAUCAUCAAAACACAUCACAUUUUUAAAAUUGAUAGUUGAUUUUUAGAAUUGGUUCAGAUUUGGCUUUAAUUAAUCUUAAGAUUUCUUCAGGGUAUCAAACUAUAGAUUUUAUCAAAUGCUUUAGCUUGAACAAUCUAUUAGAGUAGAAUACUUAAGGUUAUGGAAGGGAAUAAAGUGCUGUCAUAGCCCAUAAAGUAUAUUUUUUAUUGUCUUUUAAGCGGUUAACUAUUAUUUGUCAAUAGUUAUUUGAAUAUUAUGUUGCACUGCCUUAAAUAUGUGCCUCUGUUUCAUGACCCCAGAUGAUGGGGGAUUAUGCUUUUUGCCUCACUUUUUCUGGAGUAAAUUAUUAAAUCUCUCAUUUCUUUCAGUAACAUAUUCACUCAUCCAUUGCCAUAUGAUGCAUACCAUCACAACUGGGACACAUGACAAGCAAAAUGACAUGUAACCAUUUCAAAACCCAGUCUUCACUCACUCCAUUAUUUUUGCAAAGUCACCUUAAAUUGUUUUAGUCUGCACUUUUCUCACUCAUGCACAACAUCACAAAAACAUGCCAAGACCUUAAAUUUAGCAUUUGUUUUGACCGUGAAUUCCAGCUGGUGGGGAUAUAUCUGUUUACUGAAUCUCGUUACUUUGAGUACAGUUGAGGCAGCGCUUGAAUUUCAGAGGCGGUCCAGCUCAUUCCAAUGUUCCACUCACUUCUAUUCAAUCAGAUAUUUCAUGUCACAUUGGGACUGCUCAGGGCUCAGUGUUACACUGGCCUGAUUACCUGAGUCUUAAAGCAGAAUUCACAGCAACUAGUGUAUCAGAGCACUUCAUUUUAUGGUAGAAAUUCUGGGUUGUCCGUAAUCCUUAUCAGGUUUUUUUUGUUUACCACUGUUCUUCAGGAUUACUCACUGACAGUGCAACAAUCCCACUUCGGUGAAGUUGUUUUUGCCAUUUUAGGAAAAUAACACAUUAUCACCACAUUUCUCUAUUAAGUUUUAUAGUGUAAUUGCCUUUGUAGCGAAUCACUGAUUCAGGCUGAAAGUACAAAGUGAAUAAAAUGAAAGUGACUCAGAGCAUGUUCAAGGACAGACGGAGGUGCUCCAGAGUACAGUUGUUGAGCAGUAUUGUGACGCACCAUAUGUCUGCACUCAGUGGUUUAUAAUUUCAUUGCACUAAAUGAUUUAUCUGCCUUUUAUGUUUUGGUUUUUGUUUUUUUUUUGUUAGAAUAAAUCUGUAAUACUAAUGUAAAGUUGUACAAGAAAAUGCUAAUAAACUAGAGUGAAACUGUU